AUGACUGGAAAUGUAUUUAGUAAUAUCGUUAGCGAUUUGAAUCGAAGUUCAUCAGAUUACGAAAGAUACAAGGUCACUAUAUACACUAGGCGCUUCAAUGAAUUUAUCGACAGACGAAAUUCUGCAAAUCAAGAUUGUUAUAAUCAAUUAAAUAUCAAUGACGAAGAUGAUUACGAUCAACAAGAUAAAUUUACAUGGGAGGAUAUUUACGCUCCCUAA